CCCCGCUGCCGUCAGAGCGCGGGCGGGGCGAGGCCGUGCGCGAUGGGGGCCCGCGGGCCGUGCCCGCCGCUGGCCCCGCUGCUGGCCCUGCUGGCCCUGGCGGGGCCCGCCCGAGCCCUGCAGAAUGUGACCGCUCAGCUCUUCGGGCCCGAGGCCCGCGGGACCCUGGCGGCCUUCGGCGACUUCAACUCGGACAAGCAGACGGACCUGUUCGUGCUGCGCGGCGGAAAUGAGUUGGUGAUCUUUUUGGCUGACCAGAAGGAGCCCUACUUUAAGCCCCGUGUUAAGCUACCAAUGAAAUCCCUCGGUGUCACCAUAACCAGUGUUGUUCCUGGAGAUUAUGAUGGAGAUUCCCAAAUGGAUGUCCUCCUCACUACCCAGGCCCCAAGUCAUGGCAAAGAUGAACUUUCAGUGUUUAUUUUCUGGGGACACAACCAAACGUUAGAUCUUAACCAUAAAACUAUGUUAAAUAAGACUUUUCAUGAUGAGCCUCUAGUAAUGGACUUCAAUGGAGACUUGAUUCCUGAUGUGUUUGGUGUCACCAGUGACUCGAGUAAGCCACAGAUCCUGCUGGGAGGGAACUUGUCAUGGCAUCCUGCACUGGAAACUCAAAGUAAAAUGUAUAUACCACACUCUCAUGCCUUUAUAGAUUUAAAUAAUGACUUCACUGCUGAUUUGUUCCUUACCACAUCACCAAAUUCCAAAUCCAUUCAAUUUGAGACAUGGGUAAAUAAGGAUGGGAACUUCUCUAAAGUUGGAAGAAGUAAGGAAAUGCCCAGUGGGGCCAAAGUUGUUGGACAGUCCGUAUUUGCAGAUUUUGAUGGAGAUGGACAAAGUGAACAUUUACUACCAAUCUGUGAAGAUGAAACAUGUCAAAGAAGUGCCAUCUACCUAACCAAGCUGGGACUGGACCAGUGGAUUCCAGUUUUGCAAGACUUCAGAAAUAAAGACACAGUCUGGGGCUUUGUACCAUAUCAAAAUGACAAAUCUUCAGCAGAAAUUUCAUUUCCAAUUACACUUCACAUUGGAGAUUACAAUAUGGAUGGCUACCCUGAUGCACUUGCUAUAUUGAAGAACACUUCUGGAAGCAAUCAACAAGCAUUUUUACUAGAAAAUGUCCCAUGCAACAACGUGAGCUGCAAGAGCGUGCGGCGCAUGUUCCGGGUGUUCUGGGAGCUCUCAGACCUCAAUCAGAUCAAGGAUGCCGUGGUAGCCACCUUCUUUGACAUCUAUGAGGAUGGAAUCUUGGAUAUCAUUGUGCUAAGCAAAGGCUACUCCAACAAGGACUUUGCUAUUCAUACAUUGAAAAAUAACUUUGAAGCAGAUGCCUAUUUUGUUAAAGUUAUUGUUCUCAGCGGCCUCUGUUCUAAUGACUGUCCUCGGAAAAUAACACCCUUUGGAGUUAAUCAGCCUGGUCCUUACAUCAUGUACACCACUGUAGAUGCAAAUGGAUACCUGAAAAAUGGAUCAGCUGGCCAGCUCAGCCAGUCAGCACAUUACGCUCUGCAGCUGCCCUACAACGUGCUGGGCUUGGGCCGCAGCGCCAACUUCCUCGACCACUUGUACGUUGGCAUCCCUCGGCCCUUAGGAGAAAAGUCCAUAAGAAAACAAGAAUGGACAGCUAUCAUACCAAACUCCCAGCUUAUAGUCAUUCCCUAUCCUCAUAAUGUUCCUCGAAGCUGGAGUGCCAAGCUGUAUUUGACCCCAAGUAACAUUGUACUGCUAACAGCUAUAGCCUUAAUUGGUGUCUGUGUUUUCAUCCUGGCAAUAAUUGGCAUAUUACAUUGGCAAGAAAAGAAAGCAGAUGACAGAGAGAAGCGACAGGAGGCUCAUCGGUUCCAUUUUGAUGCUAUGUGACAUGCCUUAAUAUUUAUGAAGGAGCUGCUACUCAUUUGCUUAAUUGAAAGACUAAAUUCUGAUUUUUAAAAUUAUUACCAUGAAAGUACUGUUGGUGUGUUAUUUGUAAAUGUUGCAUUAUCUGGUAUUUAUUUGGGAAGUAUUAAAAUUAGACCUGAAUGUCUCACAAGGCCUUUCAGUUAAGAGACUGUAUAUAAUAGCAUUUGGCCUUUAUUUAACAGAACUGUAAAUUUAUUUUUCUUAGUAAAGGGAUCAAUUGCAUGUACCAUUGUUUAUGUACCAAUUCUUUAGUAAUAUUUGAUAGAAAGGUAUGUAAAGGAAGUGUAGCAUUUCAGUGAGCAGAAUACCUUGUAUCAUUUGGAUUGGUCUUGUCCUUUGUUCAUUCCUGCAAAACAACCUGGUUUUUGAAAAUUAAACUUGUGCAGUUUCUCAGAUUACUUAAUCGUUAAUUGUUUUGAUUGUAUUAAAUGGUGCUUAACC